AUGAUAGUGAGUUCCAAUGGCUUCGAAUGUGCAAGAUCCAUCUGUCGUUCAACAGACGUUUGUUGAAGAAAUAGAUUACAAUGAAAUACAGGAGUUGCAGGUUGUAGGAAAAGGUGCUUUUGGUGUUGUAUGGAAAGGUUUAUGGAGAAACACUUUUGUAGCUGUGAAACACAUCAACUCUGAGGCUGAAAAGAGAGAAUUCGCUAUAGAAGUCAGGCAAUUAUCUCGGGUAUCACAUCCAAAUAUUGUAAGGCUGUAUGGAGCUUGCACACAAGGCGCCCAUGUGUGUCUUGUGAUGGAAUAUGCAGAGGGUGGUUCAUUGUAUAAUGUUCUUCAUGUCCGUCCUAAGCCAAAAUAUACAGCUGCACAUGCAAUGAGCUGGGCUAGGCAGUGUGCUGAGGGUGUAGCAUAUCUCCAUGCAAUGAAGCCAAAACCAUUAAUACAUAGGGAUUUAAAGCCACCAAACCUACUCUUAGUUGCAGGUGGAAGAAAGCUUAAAAUCUGUGAUUUUGGUACUGCAGCUGAUAAGGCCACAUAUAUGACUAAUAAUAAAGGAAGUGCUGCAUGGAUGGCACCAGAGGUUUUUGAAGGAUCAUCAUAUACAGAAAAAUGUGAUGUUUUUUCAUGGGGUAUUAUUCUAUGGGAAGUAUUAUCAAGAAGGAAACCAUUUGAAGAAGGUGGAUCAGCAUUUAGAAUAAUGUGGGCUGUCCAUACAGGUCAAAGACCUAAUUUAAUAGAAGGAUGUCCAGAGCCUAUAGAACAACUAAUGACACAAUGUUGGCACAAAGUACCAGCUGAAAGACCCAGCAUGGCGAAGGUUGUAGAGAUCAUGGGUGUACUGAGUGAAUUUUUCCCUGGUGCUGACACUCCUAUAAACUUUGACGACCUUGAAGAGGAUGAUGAAGAAUGCUCGGAGGAUGGCUAUAUUGUAUAUGACACACGAGACAGUUUAGAAACUGACACAGAGAGCAUAACGCAAUGUCAAAAUCCACAGUAUUCCAACGAAAUAUCACAAUCGGUACCUUAUAGACAAACCAAUAAACCAAUUUCACCAAGACCACGAAGUUUUGUUGAAAGUCAAGUUAGCAAGUUACAAAACCUUAUGGUAGAUGCCCAAUCACGUCCAAUUACGUCACCUCGUGAAGAAGACUUAAGUAGAGGUGGAAGUAUUCGGAUACCACAACAUUUUAAAGCAACUGAUACUGGGAGAUCGCCUAUAGCGAGCCGAAGAAUAUCCCCUAUUCCACAAGAUAGAAAUAUACCCAGUGAAUGUAGUACGCCCCAUGAUGUACUCAUACUAAAGAGUCCAAAUAUAUUUAGUGAAAGUUCGAGAGGUCCGUCACCACUUUAUAACUACAACAUUGGUAAUAUGAACCCUCGGCAUAUAGACAUUGACUCACUUCACAGGGAUAGUGAUAAGUUGUCACCAAAUAGAACACCAUCUGCCUUAAGUACUUUGAAUUCAUUGCGGAAAGAAGAUUAUAAUCAAAAUUAUUGUGACCGGUUAAGUGCUGCCAAUAGUCCUGUGACACCAAUGCGGGAAUAUAAUGGGAAUAUAUCACAGAAAAGGAUGGAUGUAAAAUAUCAAACACCAUUACAGAUUGAAAUUGAUCCAAAUGCGUGGGAGUUGAAAGAUGUACCCCUUCAAGACUUGGAUGGCUACAUAGAACUGAAAAAUACUGGCGGUUUCGACAAAUUCUUGCCAAUUGGCAACAGCAGUGGUUCUGGCGCUGAGGGGCCCGCGGCGCCUCACAGCGAGCCCGACCCUGACCUGGACUCCAUGCACAUGAUGCUGGACCCGCACCUCCGCCCCAUCUCGCCGGACCUCAACCAGGAGGAGUCCAAGCGGAUCUUCGAGGAGCACAAGCAACUGGCGCAAGAGUAUCUUAAGAUUCAGACUGAGUUGGCGUACGUCAGUAAACACAAGUCGGAGCUAGAGGGGCAAAUGAAUGACAAUGAGCUGCGGAAGAAGAGAGAAAUUAUACAACUUGAGAACGAAAAGGACUCCCUAAUCAAACUGUACUGCACUCUUAAGAAGCAAGUGGCCCGCGCUGAAAACGACAGUUGGAUGCUCGGCGAGGAGAUGCCGCACGAAUGAUGACGUCAUCGUGGGCAGCUCAAUACGGGACCACACGCACGCGACACUCGCACGCAACUCAUGUGCUAGUCAUAGUAUGGACAUGACCUCAAAUAAUAUAUUAAGCAUGUUUUCAAUUCACGGUGAUUAGAUUUUUAAGCACAUGUGCAUUCAUUUGUCUAGUCUUUUAGCAUUGAGAAUAUGUAAUGGGUAAUAUUUUUACUAUAAUUACCUUAUUGGUUACGAAUUAUUGUUUUUGGCCAUUCUACGGUGUGUGGUGUUGUACAGUGCGAAUGACUUUCAGAAGGCAUCAGUGGAUUUAUAAUGUUUAAACAUUGAUCUCAAGUUGCCAAAUGAGCCUUCGGUAUUUUAAGUUAUUGUUAUACUCAUUAGAUAGAUUUAGACUUUCUCUAUACCGUGCUGGCAUAGUGUGGAUAUGAUAUAUUUUUAUUUCCGUUCUCGAAAAUAAUAUGGUUGAAUGAUCAAACAACGCAUUUGGCCACAUAUAUAUCGCGACUAUUCGGUUUGGAAGCUGAUUCCAUCAUUGACAAUAUAUUGUAUCCACUAUAUGCGGUACACAGCAAGCUUUUCGUGAACAGUACUUAUUGAGGGACGAUUAAAAUAUAUUUUAUCCAGUACAAUAUAUAUUUAUUUAAAACUGUGUCUAGGUUUAUGAACAUUUACAAUUUUAAAAACGAAUGAGACCACUACUUUCGCGACGUCAUACCAAUUUGCCCCUACCUACUAAAUUGGGAUAAAAUACAUUAAUGAUACCGAAUUAAUUUUACAUAAAGUUACUUGGCACUAAUUGGUUUAUGGGUUGUUAAUGUAAUUUUAUCUUAUUCAUAUUGUUGUUAAUAAUUGACAAAUUAUUGUAAUUAUUUGGUAGUGUGUGUUUAGUAACUAAACCGAAUUAAUUUUGCCGGUAUUGUAUCGUUUUAGUACAAUUUAAGAAUAUAUAGAAUAUCAAGAUCUUUAUUGUUCGGUGAAAAAUAGGCAUUUAGCUACAUUGUUACAUCUUAAUUUCUUAGCUGUGGAUAUGUUAUUUAUAUUGCUGACAGAAAUGCUUUACAAAACAGUCAAACAUCCCAUGCUUCUAACGCGACACAGAUGUUGUAACGAUAUCUCAUAGAGCAGUUAGUAUACAGCAAUAUUGAUCUUGAAGUAUUGGUUACGUUCUUAUUUUUACUCUUGACUUAAAUCGACGCCACAUCUUGACUUUUAUCAGACUUAAACCAACGAUAGUUCAUUCAACAUCUCGUAUGGACGCUUGACAGCCUAUGCCCCCCAUAAAAUUUUUCUUCGUCGGAUUACUCUUGACAGAGCAGUCGUGGUCACGACGAACGAUUCUACGCCAGUUAUCCCUGACUGUUGCUUCUCUGGCACAUGUGUUGAGGGGAGUAUUGGUUAGGGCUUUGAUCUGGUCUGUCCAGCGCAUAGGGGAGCGUCCUCUUGACCUACUGCCGUUGACCCUUCCCUGAACAACAAGUCUCUCUAUGGCAUGCUCUCAACGUCGCGUGAUAUGUCCGUAGUAUCUGAGGAUAUAAAAUACGCGAAGUUAAUUUAGCUAUUUACCAACCCUCCUCCUCUCCGCGAGAUGUCAUGAGAUAACUGGAAAAAGUUACGUUAUAUUUACCGAGAUGCCUUUCUUUUUACUGCAAUAUUUGUUAAAAAUAAACUUAUUAGGGGACGUUCAUUAAUUACGUGAGGCUUAUUUGAGAAUUUUUCGACCCUCUUUUUAUUUGCCAAGUCCCGAAACCCCUCUUGCAUUUGAGAGAUUUUGAAAGAUUUAACUUGAUCCCCUCCACCCUUGAACAUCUAACGUAAUUAAUGUACGCCCACUUACAAAAUGCGUGUCAGUACAUAAUCAAUGAUCAAAUAUAUUUUGUCUCUUAUAUUAUAUAGUUAUUUAUUGUUACGUAUUGUAUAUAUCUGUAAUGCCGACCUUCAUCCAUUGAGUGCGAUUACUUCAGGUAAAUCAGACUACGAACCAUCGUUUUGUCGCUUACGGAAUUGAUAACAAUGAAUGACUGAAGUCGAGCUGUAUUAAGUUUUGUUAGUAAUAUUAAAAAUGAAAUUAUAAGCCAGUUGAUGUCCCUCGCCAAUGAGAAUAAAUAUAUAAAUUUACUGUACGUUUCAACCGGUUUAAUGUAUUUUAAUGUUAUAUAUGAAUAAAUUUGUAGGGAUUGCUAAUAUUUUGUGUUAAAUUAUGCGUGCAUUCUGUUUAUUAUGUUAAGAUAAGUAUUAGUAGUUUUAAGGAAUCUAUAAAUGUUAAGUUUAAUAAAUUAUUGUAAAUAA